GUAAACAUCCUGCUUUUCUUAGAUUACCGUGUCCAUGUCAUAUGCAUGAUAAACAUAAUUGGCAUUGAUUUUACGUGUCCUAGCAUACUAAUUGCAUUUUUCAAUGAUCAACGAAAACCACCACGUUAAAUAAAUCAAAAACUAUUCUUUGCUUUAUAAAUAUAUUUAGUUUCAUUUGUUGGCUUUAAAUUUUACCACAUUACUAAAAAAAAUUGUUCAUUAUGGAAAAACUACAUUAAUUUAAUUGCAAUGAUUGUAAGUUCCAGCUUGCUGUACUAUAUACGUUCCAGUUUUCUCAAGCUAUACGUUUGAUCAUCUUACUUACUCUUCCUCGUAAUAUAUAAUACUUAUAUUCGUUGUUAUCUACUGUGAUUAAAAUUUGGCCAAAGUUCACGAUAUAUUUACACAGGAAAGCAUGAAAGAAGGCUGUUGGUUUAAAGUUGAUAAAUUUCUCAUUUGAUUAAAUCCGUCGUGACGCCCUGUCAUAAAUAGAGGAAGCGAGUUCGGAUGAUUCAGUGUAAGUUGUGCCUCCGAAAGAGUGGUAAAUUUCGUAGCAAAAAUGAGAAACUAAUUGCCAUCGAACUUGCAAUAGUUCUAUCGAAACAUUUAAUAUACAAAGGAGCAACAGAGAGCAACGUGUAUCGCUGUGACGAUGUCAGAAAAUACGCAAACGGGGGGAUCCGUUGUGGCGGUGAACUUCGACAAUCUCGUGUUGAAACAGUGGCUUCACUGCAUCGGACCAAUUCACCGUUGCGAAGUGCUGAAAAAGGAAUAUAACCAUAAAACACGAUGGCUAUUGUUUCAGCUCAAAGCGGAUCUGCAAAAUUUAGGACUAUCGCAAAGGCAAGUUCAUCGAGGUUUGAUACAGUUAGCGACAAAACCACGUGUGGUCAUUAUGCGGCAGAUACCUUACAAGAAAUAUAGACCAAAGAGUCUGUUAGAACAUGAAGAGGAAAGGAAGAUUCUUCAUAAUUCUAGAACAAACGUUUCAAAUUUGCGAUUGGGAAGUGAAAAUGUACAUAAAACAAACAUGACAGAAAGAUAUGUGAAAAGAAGAAACAAAUAUAUUAGAGAAAAUGAUGGAAUUGUAGCAUAUAAAGAUGCAUCGAUAAGCAACAAUCGAAAAUUAUUUUCACCAAACAAAUGUAAAUUAGACGAUCAAGUAACAACAAUUCAUUCCUUUGACCAAGCUCUGGAACAGUUGGAUAAAAUUGUUCCUUCAAAAAUAAGGGUACAUGAAAAAUUAUCCAACAAUCGAUCUUUCAGUGUUUCGAUGAAUGGCAUUCAUAAAUCACGAUAUAAUAGCAUAGUUUUAAAUAAAAAAUAUGGUAGAGAUGAAAAUCAUAUUGAAAAUAAAGAAAAACACAAAAAAACACAGAAAACUUCUGAUUUAAUAUUUAACAAAGUAGGUCCAAAGAAAGUACAAAUAUCUGAUGAAAAUAAAAGAAAUCACGUAAAAUUAAAUCAAAAUUCUUGUUCUAAUAAGAUAAGUGAUUAUACUACGUCAAAUGUUUAUAAAAAGGUAGAUACUAAUUGGACAUUGAUAAAAUUGGAUGCUGAUAAAAAAUUGCAUAAGAAGAAGAUUAUAGAUAUCAACUUGGAUUCUAUACCAAAUAAAAAUAAAUACUUUAAAUAUGAAGACAGUAUAUCGAAUUGUACCCUCAGUACUGGGAAAAUAGUAAAAAUCGAAGAAAAUAUGCAGGAAAAAAAAUUGCACAAACCAGUAAUUCCAGAUUUUAUUAAAAGGAAAAAUAUUUAUGCACACAUUAAUGAGAAUAAAGAAAUAAUUAGGAAAAAGAGAAAAAGGAUAAUAAACAAGUUUCGAACAUAUUUCGGUGAUUGUUUGAGUGUCAGUGAAGAUGAACAAGAACAAAAUAUUUUACGGAAAAGAUUUAAAAUAAGAAGAAAAAAGUAUUCUUGCGAUUCUGAAGUAUAUAUUAUUGAAAGAAGUACAACUAUGACUGAUACAGAAAUUCUAAACGAUAUUCAGGAAACUGUAACACCUGACUUAACAAUGCAAAAAUUUAAUGAAAAUGCUUCUCAGAAAAUUAUUGAUAUAAUUCAUGAAUUAAAUGAAGUUACUACUGAUAUAAACAUUGAAACUAAUCAAGUUAAAAAUGCAAUAAAUUUUAAAGAAAUUGAAAAUAAUAAAUUACAAAAUAGCACAGAUGAAAAUAAAAUAUACAGUGAAACGAAGAAAGAUAAAUUAUCUCAAGAUAUGUUGAUUAAUAUGUCUGAGAAGGAUAAUCUUAAA